GUCUGCAAACUAGGCGAAGUUGGCGCGAUGAGCUCGGAGCAGCUGCGGGUCGUGCGCGCGCGGAUCAGGGACUUCCCGGACUUCCCCACGGCGGGCGUUUUGUUCCGAGAUAUCAGCCCGCUGCUGAAGGACCCGGAGGCAUUCAGGACCGCUAUUGACAUCCUGGAAACUCACGUGAAAGACAAGCAUCCCCAGGUGGAUUUCAUUGCAGGUCUGGAUUCGCGAGGCUUCCUGUUUGGACCCGUCCUGGCUCAGCGACUGGGAGUCGGGUUUGUGUUGAUCCGCAAAAAGGGGAAGCUUCCGGGCCGAACAGAAUCCGUCUCCUACACUCUUGAAUACGGCAAGGCAGAGCUCGAAGUUCAGGGCGAUGCAGUGGAGCCGAGCCAGAAAGUGAUCUUAAUCGACGACUUGCUUGCCACGGGAGGAACGAUGCGAGCGGCCUGCGAACUGAUGUCCAAGCUGAAGGCUGAGAUCCUGGACUGUGUGGUGCUCAUAGAGUUAAAAUUCCUCAAAGGGGCAGACAUGCUCAAGCCCUUCCCGCUGCAUUCAGUGUUGCAGUACGAGUGAGGCACAGGGGAGGGCUCUCAGCCUGCGUUUCAGGGGACUCCUCCUUGCACCAUUUCAAGCAUCUUUCCAGCUGUGCCGGGCAUUCACUUGGCCCGCACAUGUACCUUGUAAGCCUGCUUCAGGAAAGAAAGCAGGCCAUGUUCAGUCUCUAUAAAGGGGCAGCCACAGCUGCACUGACCUUUGUUAACUCUUGACAGCAGGUGGGCACAGUAAUUAGGGAAGAUGCCAGUUAUUUUUGGGGCCAAAACAACCCUGGCAUGUUGAGAUACUACUUUUGCGUGGUGGGGGAAAGAUGGAGGACUCCCCACCCUUCUGGAUUUUGCAACUUAAGCUGUUGUCUUAUUUAUGGUGAGAUCCUCCGUGGUUGCCAACAUCUACGUUAGUAGCCUUUGACAGAUAAGUGGAGACAUCUGAUUCCAUAAAUGGGGGCAAAGACUGCCUUGCUCAGAAACCGCUGGGUGGCUACUGCCAGAUCAAACACUGGCCUUGCUGGGGUGUUUUUUUAAAUUGGUGCCAUCUGUGGCAGAGAGCGGGCCAUCCUGCCAGCUGAGCAGUUAUGCUGAGGAAAUGUUUCAUCUGUAUUGACAAAUGUUAUGCAUGCUGCCCUUCUGCAGUUAAGAACGCAUUAUGCAAACUC